AAGUUCAUUUAUGGGGCUUUUAUAUAUUAGGCACAAGUUGAGGGGCAAAAUGAUAGUAAUUUCUUGCAUACCACUUUUAACUAGUAAUCUACUCCUAUUUGCAUAUUUUUAAGCUUUUAGCAUCUUAUCUUCUUCUUAUACGUUGUUACCAGUUCCCAUAAACACCAAAGUGCAAGAAAAGGCGGGAGCUUGAAUUCAAAACUCCAGACCUUCUUCGUCUACGACGAUAAUGAAUGAAUAGACAUGGUGUCACUAAAGUUAAGCAAGCCAUUGGUGACCUCUCUUUCCUCGACUCUUCUCAUUUUGCAAAGCUCUUGGAUUCAUGUGUCAAAUCCCAGUCUGCCAGUGACACACGUCGCAUACAUGCACGCAUCAUCAAAACCCAAUUCGCAACUGAAGUUUUCAUACAGAAUAGGCUUAUCGAUUCAUAUGGCAAGUGCGGUUGUUUGGAUGAUGCGCGCAAGGUGUUUGAUAAAAUGCCAGAGAGGAAUACUUUUACCUGGAACUCCAUUUCUAGUACCUUGAUGAAAUCUGGUUUUAUUGAUGAGGGAGCACGGUUGUUUUCGUCCAUGCCUCAUGCUGACCAGUGCUCUUGGAAUUCAAUCAUUGCUGGCUUUGCACAGCAUGAUCGGUUUGAAGAAGCUUUGGAUUGUUUUGUUAGGAUGCAUGGGGAGGGCUUCGUGCUCAAUGAGUAUUCAUUUGGUAGUGGUCUAAGUGCUUGUUCAGGGUUAAAGGACCUGAAAAUGGGUACGCAAAUUCAUUGUUUAAUGUUGAAAUCUCAGUUCUCAUGGGAUGUUUAUAUGGGCUCUGCGCUUAUUGACAUGUAUUCCAAAUGCAGGGUUGUGGAUUGUGCUCAAAAGGUUUUUGACGGGAUGAAGGAGAGGAAUGUUGUUUCUUGGAAUAGCUUGAUUACUUGUUAUGAACAAAAUGAUCCUGCAAGGAAGGCUUUAGAAAUUUUUGAGAGGAUGAUAGAAAGUGGGCUUAAACCGGAUGAGGUUACACUGGCUAGUGUGGUGAGUGCUUGUGCAAGCUUGGCUGCAAUUAAACAAGGUUUAGAAAUUCAUGCCUGUGUGGUGAAAUGUGAUAAAUUUAGGGAUGAUCUUAUAUUAGGCAACGCAUUGGUUGAUAUGUAUGCAAAGUGUGGUAGAAUUAAUGAAGCUAGACAUCUUUUUGAUACGAUGCCUAUGAGGAGUGUGGUUUCUGAAACCUCCAUGGUUAGUGGUUAUGCCAAGGCAGCAAGCUUUAAAGCAGCAAGAUUAGUAUUUACAAAGAUGAUGGAGAGGAAUGUAAUCUCUUGGAAUGCCCUUAUUGCAGGAUAUACACAAAAUGGGGAGAAUGAAGAAGCACUUGGACUCUUCCGCAUGCUAAAGAGGGAAGCCAUCUGCCCAACACAUUACACAUUUGGGAACCUAUUGAAUGCCUGCUCGAAUCUUGCUGAUCUACAGCUUGGCAGACAGGCGCACACUCAUGUUUUGAAGCAUGGGUUUCAGUUUCAAGCUGGUGAAGAUCCUGAUGUUUUUGUAGGGAAUGCCCUCAUUGACAUGUACAUGAAAUGUGGAUCAGUUGAGGAAGGGUGUCGAGUUUUUGAAAAUAUGGUGGAGAGGGAUUAUGUCUCGUGGAAUGCAAUGAUAGUAGGAUAUGCCCAAAAUGGUUAUGGAAUGGAGGCCCUUGAACUAUUUAGGAAAAUGUUAGGAUCUGGGGAGAAACCAGACCAUGUUACUAUGAUUGGUGCUCUGUGUGCUUGUAGUCACGCAGGGCUUGUGAAAGAGGGCCGACAUUACUUUUCCUUGAUGACUGAGGAAUAUGAUUUGGUACCAAGCAAAGAUCAUUAUACAUGCAUGGUUGAUUUGCUUGGUCGUGCUGGUUGCCUCGAUGAAGCAAAAAAUUUCAUAGAGACAAUGCCUAUGCCCCCUGAUGCCGUUGUCUGGGGAUCUUUGCUUGGUGCUUGUAAAGUUCAUCACAACAUUACCUUAGGGGAGUAUGUUGCCGAGAAGCUCUUGGAAAUUGACCCUACAAACUCUGGACCUUAUGUUCUUCUCUCAAAUAUGUAUGCGGAGCUUGGCAGAUGGAAGGAUGUGGUAAGAGUAAGAAAACUGAUGAGGCAUAGAGGAGUCGCUAAACAGCCUGGUUGCAGCUGGAUUGAAGUUCUGGGUCAUGUGCAUGUUUUCAUGGUGAAAGAUAAGAGACACCCUCAAAAGAAGGAGAUCUAUUUGUUAUUGAAAAUCCUCACACAGCAGAUGAAGCGAGCUGGAUAUGUUCCAGAUGAUGGUGAUCAUGAGGCUUAUGAGGAACAGAGCGACUUAGAUGUAGGCUUCUGUUGCCAAACGGAAAUAACUGCUGAUGUUGCUGUCAUGUAAUUUGCUCGGAAUGGUUUAUUCUAUCGUUUUAUUCUUUAUACUUGUGACCAAAUUGUUCUCUUCCCGCUAGGAAAUAAAAGCUUCUCUGAUAAUCUUCUUAA